GAGAAAGAAAAAGAUAAGACAGUGUCGCAAUAAUCAAGGGCUGGACUGGACCAAUGUGCAGGGUCUGAGAGAGAACUAACAUGGCCUUGUCGGUUGUUCUGUAAUAAACACUAAAUCUCUCGGUGUCACCACCAGUAAUCCCUGAUGGCCAAUACUGGCGAUUUUGAGUAGAGACCAACCUACAUGUUCCUUAAAUAGAUGGAUUUUACAAGCCUGGAUGGGGAAAAUGGAAGUUGUAAUCAAAUGAGAUGGUGGGUUUAGCACUAAAACGUGGAAUUCAGAAUAAGAGAGAAAGGGACAUAAUUUUGGGGUUAAGCUACUGAUUUAAUUGUGCAGUACUUCCAUGAUGAUGAUGGGUUUGAAAAGAAACACUAUUAACAGUUUAUAUUUUAGUUUAAUAAAGGGGUUGUUGAGAUCAAAGAAUUUAGAUCUAGGUUUUACAUUAGAAAGAAAAUCAGAGUUAAUGGAACUGAGAGACCAAGAUAAGGAGAUGGGGAUGCCAUUGCCAAGCUCUUUUAGUUAUAAUAAUCAACUCAACAGGGAUUCUUCCACAAAGGUCUAUCCUUCUUCUUCUUCUCAACCUAUAAAUUCAAGUGUUCAUGGCGACUCACAAACCUUCAAUCCAAGGCCAACACAAACCCUAAACAAUUGCCCUCUCUACAACCCUGAAACGAAUCAUCAUAUACAAGUAAGCAAACUCAGGAGGGAUCUAGACCCGGAAAUAGAUCCAGGAUCAGCUUCGGCCGGUGGUGGAAGAGCUAAUAGAUCAAGCUGCAGCCCACUACCACUACCUCUAACAUCUCCGCCUCAACCAGUAAGCUCUACUGACCCUUUGAUUAGGUAUAGGGAAUGUUUGAAGAACCAUGCAGCCAGCAUGGGGGCACAUGUUUUGGACGGUUGUGGCGAGUUCAUGCCGAGUGGAGAACAAGGCACCAUGGGAGCCUUAAAGUGCGCAGCCUGUGAAUGCCAUAGGAAUUUCCACCGGAAAGAAAUCAAUGGGGAAUCACAAUAUGCACCACCACCACCCAGCCGUUACCAUACAGGAAAGAACAGUGUUGUUCAUCUUCAACAACCAACCCCUCUUAAUCAGCAAAGAUUCCCUCUUGGAUUAUCCAUCAGUACUUCUUCCACCGCCGUACCAAUUGCGCCGGUUAUGAUGAACUUCGGUCGUGAUGGCCGCUAUGGCGGUGGUCGGACAGAGUCCUCGAGUGAAGAUCUGAAUAUGUUCCAUCAGGGAGGGCAAUCACCACAUUAUAUUAUUCCACAGUCAUCAAAGAAGAGAUUUAGAACAAAGUUCAGUCAAGAUCAAAAAGUUAAGAUGAUGGAAUUUGCUCAGAAGUUGGAUUGGAGAAUCCAAAAGCAAGAUGAACAAGAACUGCAGCAGUUUUGUGCUCAAGUUGGAGUAAAGAGACAGGUUUUCAAAGUUUGGAUGCACAACAAUAAACAAGCCAUGAAGAAGAAACAAAUGUAAGAUCAAAUUAUUUCCCCUUCUUAAAACACCUGAAAAGUAGUAAAUGAUUCACUUAAACAAUUCUUCUUUUUGUUUUCUUCUAAUUCCUGACAUGUUACAAUUCUUACAAACUUUUGAAACACAUAAAUAUUUGUACUACUUCUGAAUUUUUAUUUAUUAAAGAAACACAUCUUCUGCAA